AGUUUGUAAAAUAAAAAAAUGGCUUUUUCACGAAAGCGUGCACUAAUUGAGUCAGAUGAAAGCAGUAGUGAUGGUGAUGAUUUAGAGCAACAAUUAUUAAAUCUUUCAAAGAAGAGUAAGCAAAGUGUUUCAAUAGUUUCUGCUCCUCCUAAAGCAAAUGAUAGUGAUAAAGAUGGGUCUGACUCCUCCACUGAUGAAGAUGAUGAAUGGACCUUACAUUCAGAGGAAAAAAACUCCAAAAAGAAAAGAUUUGACAAAAAAGUAACAGAGAAAAAGAAAGUGUUGUCAGAUCAUGAAGAAGAGGAGGGAGAAAUUGCUGAAGAAGAACCUGAAGAUGGAGAAGUAUCUACUAGUUCAUCUGAUGAUGAUGGUUCUGAUGAAGAUCUACCAGCAUUUGAUGACGGACUAGAUGAAAAUUUGAUUGGUAAUGAAGAAGAUAGAUUAAUGUUAGAACAAAUGACUGAAAAGGAAAGGGAACAGGAACUUUUUAAUAGAAUGGAAAAACGUGAAGCAAUGAAAACUAGACUUGAAAUAGAACAUAAAUUACAUACAGAGCGCAAAAGGAAAAAUAAAAAAGAAAAGGGUAAGGAAAUUUCCUCAUCAUUAAAUGACAAAGCAAAUUACUACAGUAUAGCUUCAAGAAAAGGUAAUCGAAAAAGAAACUUGAUAGAGGAUAAAAAACUAAAAGCUAUGGAUGAGCUCAAGCAGAAAAGAAUUGAAAAAAAAGAAAAACUUGAAAACCAAAGUAAGAGGGAACCAUUAAAUACAAAAGAUGUUUAUUCUGAUGAAGAUGAUGAAGCAGAAGAAACAGAAAAAGUUGAAGCUGCAGCUAGUGACAAAAGCUCUGUUGAACUUGAUUCUGAUGAUGAAGAAGAAAAAGAGGAAGACAAACCAAUCAGUUCCCGAGAACAACUAGAGAUAAUUAGGCUGUCACGUUUUAAACUUGAGAAAUGGGUCCACCUACCUUUUUUUCCACGUGUAGUUACAGGAUGCUUUGUGCGUAUGGGAAUUGGAAACCAUGAUGGAAAACCUGUCUAUAGAGUUGGUGAGAUCAUUGGAGUAACAGAAACUCCCAAAGUAUACAACCUUGGAAGCACAAGAACCAAUAAAGGUUUAAAAAUUCGUCAUGGCAUGCAAGAAAAAGUCUUUCGAAUGGAAUAUGUCUCAAAUUCGCAGUUUACAGAGUCAGAGUUUUUAAAAUGGAAGGAAGAGAUGUCUCUAGUAGAGCUUCCUCUUCCUACAGUUUCUCAUAUAAAACGUAAGUCUGAAGAAAUAGCUGAAUCAAAGGGGUAUUCAUUUAAAGAAGAUGAUGUCGAAGCGAUUGUUAAAGAAAAGAAUCGGUUUCGAAAAAAUCCAUUUAAUUAUGCUUCUACAAAAAAUACAUUAAUAAGAGAAAAGGAGUUAGCUGAACAAGCUGGAAAUACAGUUGAGUUGGCAAAAGUUAAAGAAAAAUUAGAAGAGUUAGAAGAACGAGCACAAAUGCUGGAUCGAAAAAGAUCUGGAGCCCUUAACAAUGUCAGCUUCAUUAAUGAAAGAAAUCGAAAAAAAAAUGUGUAUGAUGCUGAGAAGGCUUGUGUAGAAGAGGGUAAAUUGAAGAAAAAUGAAUCUGACAACCCAUUUACACGAAGAAAAACUUUACCUUUUAUGAUCAUGAAAAAGGCUGUGGCAGGUUCUGCUUCUCCUGGAGAUAAGCAAAAAGAUGUUUUGGAUACCUCUCAAAAGAAUGGUUCAGAUACCUCUACAACUCAUGAUUCUACUCAAAACAAUGAAACAGUUCAUUCAAAAGAAAAGACGCUUGAAACACUAUUAUUUGCACCAACCAUAAAUAAACAUUCCACUCGGACAUCAAAUGAAACCACAAAUAAGGUUUCUGCUCGAACUUCACAUGAAAACGAAGACCCUGAUAUGUUUUCUGUGCAUGAUUUUGAUGUUCAGAUUGAUCUUCCAAUCCCAGCGUCACGUGGUAUAUCUCUAACACAAACAAAACCACCUACUUUUCAGCGGGAAAAUUUUUCAAGAAAAUCGCUUAAUCUUGACGAAUAUAAAAAAAGGAAAGGACUUAUGUGAGUAGAUAUUAAAGUUGGAAAUGAUGAUGCAGUUAAAAAGAUUUGACGUCUCAGUGAGCUCCAAGAAAGACAGAUUUUCUUUACGGAAACAGUUUGAAUCAAAAAUCAAUCGCGGUGUAUUUCCUUACCUACUCGAAACAAUUUUAAAAUGGUUUGCAAACUAAAAACUUGUAUAUUUAUAUUAUAUUUUUAAAUAAAGGUUAACAAUUA